AUGGUCCCAGAAUCCUUUUUGUUAGAGUUGCCAAAGUGUGAACACCACUUGCAUUUGGAAGGUACUUUAGAGCCUGAUCUAUUGUUCCCCUUGGCCAAGAGAAACAAUAUUCAGUUGCCUGAUCACUUCCCUCAGACCCCAGAAGAACUAGCUGUUCGUUAUACUCAAUUCAAGGACUUGCAGGACUUCUUGGACUACUACUACAUCGGUACCAAUGUCUUGUUGAAAGAGGAAGAUUUCUUUGACCUUGCAUGGGCAUAUUUCACUAAGGUCUCUAAACAAGGUUUGGUGCAUGCUGAAUUGUUCUAUGAUCCGCAAUCUCACACCACUAGAGGUGUCUCUUUGGAGACAGUCACCAGAGGUUUUGAAAGGGCCUGCAAGAAGGCUCAUGAAGAAUUAGGCAUUACAUCCAAACUAAUCAUGUGUUUGCUAAGACACUUACCACCUCAAGAUUGUUUGCAAACAAUCGAGGAAGCUGAACAAUUAAUCAAAUCCGGUGUCAUUCAUGGUCUAGGUUUGGACUCUGCUGAGAAGCCUUUCCCACCAAGCUUGUUUGUCGAAUGUUAUGAGCGUGCCGCUAAGAUUAACCCUGAAUUGAGACUAACAGCCCAUGCCGGUGAGGAAGGUACUCAUCAAUUUGUUUCUGAUGCUUUGGACCUGUUGAAUGUUACUAGAAUCGAUCACGGUGUAAACUCCAAGCAAAGUGAGGAAUUAAUGGCUAGACUAGCAGAACAACAAACUCUGUUGACUGUUUGUCCAUUAUCCAACGUUAAACUACAAGUGGUACAAUCAGUGAAGGAGAUUCCAUUGCAAUUGUUUUUGGACAAGAACAUCGCAUUCUCCCUAAACUCUGAUGAUCCAGCUUACUUUGGUGGCUACAUUCUUGACAACUACUACCAAGUCAACAAGGACUUCCCAGACUGGGACUUCAAGGUCUGGGAACGUAUUGCCAAGAACGGUAUCAACGGUUCCUGGUGUGAACAAAAGAGAAAGGAGGAACUACUGGCCAAGGUUGACGCCGUGGUUGCCAAGUACACCAACUAA